GAACAUUAUGAAUGAAAAUAGAUGGGGAGAAAAAUUAUCUCCCACAUUUGGUAGUUAAUACCAUUAAUUUUUUAAAUCCCAAAAAAAAGACUUUAAAAUGUAUACUUUAAAUGUUUACGAUUAUAUAUUUUGAAGGGAUUUAUUUGAUUUGAAGCCAAGAUUUUGUGAGGUGGGAGAUGGCGAUAAGCCGAGAGUGAAAGAGAAUUCGCCAACAAAACACAGAUUCUUCCAUGUUUCCAUUACAAGAAGUUGGAAAAAAUCAGACCAUUUUUUUGAUGGUUUUUUGGUGAAAUAAACUCCAGAGCAAUUUGAUCCACUGAAACUCCAUCCUCUUUGCUGCCAUUCAUUUCAUAUGGAUUUGUAGCGUUUGAAUUCUCGCAUGGCCGAGAUUGGUGGGUGAAGGGUCCUGUGGAAGGAAGACAACGGCACAGGAUAGGACAGCCACCACGUAAGGGUAUGAUAUCCUAAACCCUGUCCUAUAAUCCUAUUCUUCAGAGGCGCACACUUCAUAUCAUCUCAGCCUACCCACUCCUCUUCACCGACCGCCCACCACCCAUACCAGAUCUUGAUGUAUAGUAUGGGUCGAUUCUUGCAUUCUAUUUGUCUAUUCUCGUACAUAUAAUGUCAGCAUAAGUGUAUUACCAACAACCCACCACCCUACACACUCCAAAAGGCAUUUUGAGCUUUUGGGUUCCCAUUCCUAUUUGAUUUUCUAUCUGGGUUUUCGUCAUUUGAUUUCAAAAAGCAUUGUGUGCUUUUUGAGUUUGCUUUCCAAUUUUAUUUUCUUUCUGGGUUUUCAUCAUUUGAGUAGUAUUGGGUGUGAAUAUUCUUGCAUCAAAAUUUGUCUGUCUUUUUUGUUGUAAUACAUUGAUGGAACGAGCUCGGCGGCUCGCCAACCGGGCAAUCCUCAGACGUUUGGUUUCUGAGGCUAAGCAGACUCGCCAGAAUAAUGAAUCUUUGGUGAAUUCUUCGCCAGCAUCGUAUGCGGCUUCGAGGUAUGUCUCUACACUGUCUCCUUCGGUUCAUUUGGGAAAAAGUGGUAGAUCAGAUGUUUUAGUAGGGAGAAAUGUGAAAUACAAUGGUGGUUUUGGUGUUGGGUCUCAAAUUCGAUCCAUAUCGGUUGAAGCAUUGAAACCCAGUGAUACUUUUCCCCGCCGCCAUAAUUCGUUAACCCCAGAAGAACAAUCUAAAAUGGCUGGAUUUUGUGGGUUUGAGAGUCUUGAUGCGCUUAUUGAUGCCACGGUGCCUAAAUCAAUUCGAAUUGAGUCAAUUAAGUUUCCUAAGUUUGAUGAAGGAUUGACAGAGACUCAAAUGAUUGAGCAUAUGAAUAAACUAGCUUCUAAGAAUAAGGUGUAUAAGUCGUUUAUUGGGAUGGGAUAUUAUAACACCUAUGUUCCAUAUGUAGUUUUGAGGAAUAUUAUGGAGAAUCCAGCUUGGUAUACCCAGUACACUCCGUACCAGGCUGAGAUUUCGCAGGGUCGACUCGAGUCUCUGCUCAACUUUCAAACCAUGAUUACAGAUCUUACUGGCCUGCCCAUGUCCAACGCAUCCUUACUUGAUGAAGGCACUGCUGCCGCAGAGGCAAUGUCCAUGUGUAAUAACAUUCAAAAGGGGAAAAAGAAAACUUUUGUUAUUGCCAACAACUGCCACCCACAGACAAUUGAUAUAUGUAAGACGAGAGCCGGAGGUUUUGAUCUGAAAGUAGUUACUGCUGAUCUUAAGGAUUUUGAUUACAAAUCCGGUGAUGUUUGUGGUGUCCUGGUUCAGUAUCCGGGCACUGAGGGUGAGAUAUUGGAUUAUGGGGAGUUCAUAAAGAAAGCUCAUGCUAAUGGGGUCAAGGUUGUAAUGGCAAGUGAUCUCUUGGCAUUGACUAUGUUGAAGCCUCCUGGUGAAUUAGGAGCGGAUAUUGUUGUAGGCUCAGCUCAGAGAUUUGGGGUUCCUAUGGGGUAUGGAGGCCCUCAUGCUGCUUUCCUUGCCACCUCCCAAGAGUAUAAGCGGAUGAUGCCAGGAAGAAUUAUCGGUGUCAGCGUUGAUUCAUCAGGAAAGCCUGCCCUGCGAAUGGCAAUGCAGACUAGAGAGCAACACAUAAGGAGGGAUAAGGCGACCAGCAACAUCUGCACUGCUCAGGCAUUACUUGCAAACAUGGCUGCUAUGUAUGCUGUUUAUCAUGGACCCGAGGGCCUUAAAACCAUAGCCCAGCGGGUCCAUGGUCUUGCUGGAACAUUUGCACUUGGACUGAGGAGACUUGGUACAGUGGAAGUUCAGGGCCUUCCCUUCUUUGACACUGUGAAAGUCAGUUGUGCUGAUUCACAUGCUGUUGCUAAUGCUGCUGAGGAGAGUGAGAUAAAUUUGCGGGUUGUGGAUCCAAAGACUGUUACCGUUUCAUUUGAUGAAACUACCACCCUAGAGGAUGUGGACAAACUUUUCAAGGUUUUCGCAUGUGGAAAGCCUGUCACAUUUACUGCUGCAUCCCUUGCACCAGAAGUACAGAAUGCGAUCCCAUCUGGGUUGACAAGGAAGAGCUCAUUUCUAACUCACCCAAUCUUUAACAUGUACCAUACAGAGCACGAAUUGCUUAGAUACAUUCAUAGGUUACAAGCAAAAGAUCUUUCAUUAUGCCACAGCAUGAUUCCUCUGGGAUCCUGUACCAUGAAGUUAAAUGCUACAGCAGAGAUGAUGCCAGUGACAUGGCCUACAUUUGCAGAUAUUCAUCCUUUUGCCCCUUUUGAGCAAGCUCAGGGCUAUCAGGAAAUGUUUAAAGAUUUAGGUGAACUACUAUGCACCAUCACUGGAUUUGAUUCGUUCUCUUUGCAACCCAAUGCUGGUGCUGCUGGUGAAUAUGCUGGGCUGAUGGUUAUCCGAGCAUAUCAUAUGGCAAGAGGAGACCAUCACCGCAAUGUGUGCAUAAUUCCUGUUUCAGCGCAUGGGACAAAUCCUGCGAGUGCUGCUAUGUGUGGAAUGAAAAUUGUUUCUGUUGGAACUGAUGCUAAGGGAAACAUUAACAUUGAAGAGUUAAGAAAGGCUGCUGAAGCAAACAAGGACAACCUCUCUGCUCUUAUGGUCACAUAUCCUUCCACUCAUGGAGUCUAUGAAGAAGGAAUUGACGAGAUAUGCAAGAUUAUUCAUGACAAUGGUGGUCAAGUUUAUAUGGAUGGAGCGAACAUGAAUGCACAGGUAGGUCUGACAAGCCCAGGCUGGAUUGGUGCUGAUGUUUGCCAUCUCAAUCUCCAUAAGACAUUUUGUAUUCCACAUGGUGGAGGUGGUCCUGGCAUGGGUCCUAUUGGUGUAAAGAAACACUUGGCACCAUUUCUGCCAUCACAUCCUGUGGUACCCACCGGUGGUAUACCAGCCCCAGACAAGCUUCAACCACUUGGUAGCAUAUCUGCUGCUCCAUGGGGCUCUGCACUUAUAUUGCCGAUAUCAUAUACUUAUAUAGCAAUGAUGGGGUCUAAGGGACUCACAGAUGCAUCAAAGAUAGCUAUUUUGAAUGCAAACUAUAUGGCCAAACGGUUGGAGGAUCACUACCCCAUUCUUUUCCGAGGUGUCAAUGGAACAGUUGCCCAUGAGUUCAUUGUUGACUUAAGAGGCUUCAAGGUAGUUUUUAAUGUACUUAAUAAAAUACAUACAUAUAUAUAUGUUAUAUUAAUACAUACAUAUAUACUUAUGUACAUGUAUAUAUACACACACUUAUAUACAUAUAUGCAUAUAUAUACAUACACACACACACACACACACACACACAUGGAUAUAUAUAUGUAUGUAUAUAUAUAUAUAUAUAUAUGUGUGUGUGUAUGUAUGUAUGUAUGUAUGUAUUUGUUGGGAAUUAACACGAAAUUCCUAGAUCCUAUAAGAAACAAAAAUAGAGAAACAAUCCACGCCAAAGAAAACAAUCAUACGCACAAGACAAUAUUUACGUGGUUCAACAAUUUUGCCUACGUUCACGGAGUUGCAGGGAUUUCACUAUUAUCAGGAAGAAAAAUACAGAGAGUGCGCCGUACAAUGAUUUUCUCUCUUGCUCUCAAAAUAACGGCCUGACCUAAUCACCCAAAAAACAAUAGUUUUAUAUGCUACGCGCAAGCCUUCACUCCAUGGACUAAGCCUUAGGAUAUAAAUCUCUCAUUAAAAACCACGCAGCAUUAAUUCGAGUCAGGUCAUCAUCAUCCAGAUCGAACGAAACUAGGCUCCACAAAGCCUAACAGUAUGUAUGUAUUUUGCAAGCCAUCUUUUUGCAAUCCAUCACUUAGGAAAUAGAUUAGG